AGAAGUGAGGCUGUUCUGUAAUACGUUGCAUGAACUAUGGAUAUUCGGCGGAGCGGUAUAAGUGGACCCGUCGGCCCCGUUCCGGUUACACAGAUACUUUUCCGAUGGGGUUCCGGAUUCCCGGUACCCGAGCGAGCUCUUCAACUCUGGUGUGGAUCAAUUGGUAAGCAUAAAGCAUCAUCGGAACCAUCUCGCGCGCAUCGGCACUUUAGAAGUGCCGCUUCCAAGGGUAGAUAACCUCAAGCCGAUGGUGAAAAGAAUUCACACAAAUGGAUGAUGAGUUGCAUCUAAGUUCGCAUGCGACUGAGCAUAGCAUCUUGAUUCUUAGCUUCCUCCAUCGUCGCUCUACAAACCUAAUCCAUAUCCAAUAUACGAAACCAUGGCUUCUCAAGCGCCACUACCAACUCUAGCCGACCGCGUCGCCAUCGUUACAGGCUCAAGCAGAGGCAUCGGCCGAGGCAUCGCCCUCGAACUCGCCCGCCGCGGCGCCAAGGUGACAGUAAACUACGCGAAGUCAUCAUCAGCCGCCGAGGGAGUCGUUAAAGAGAUCCAAGCGUUGGGUUCGGAGGCCAUUGCCGUUCAGGCAGACGUUACUGGCCUAGCUGAGAUUGACAAGAUCUUCGCGAAGACUGUCGAGAAGUGGGGCCGCGUAGAUAUCGUCGUUAGCAACAGCGGCAUAGAGUCGUUCGAGCCCGCGGUUGACAUUACUCCGGAACGCUUCGACCACGUCUUCCACAUCAACACGCGCUCGCAAUUAUUUGUCGCCGUCGCGGGAUACCGCUAUAUGAAGAAGACAGCGUCGCCGUAUGCACGUCGCAUCAUCCUCACGUCAAGCAUUGCCGCCCGAAUCCUAGGCGUCAAGGACCAUGCUCUAUACGCCGGCUCAAAGUCUGCCGUCGAAGGCAUCGUCCGUUCCUUAGCCACAGACUUCGGGGCAGAUGGCAUCACGGUGAACGCCAUUGCGCCAGGGGGCGUCAAGUCAGACAUGUUUGCCGAGAUGGCUACGCACUACAUCCCAGGAGCCGAUAAGACAUGGCCUGCCGAGAGGGUCGAGCAGGCUAUGUCGAAUGCAUGCCCGAUGGGUAGGUGCGCUGUGCCGAGCGAUAUUGGAAAGGUAGUCUCGUGGUUGGCUGGUGACGAUUCGGAGUGGGUUACUGGCCAAGUUAUCUUAGCUUCUGGGGGGUCGGCGGCUUGAGCAACGAACAAGGCCGCAAACUUCCUAUCCUAGUCCAUAGAAGCUAUGCCAGAUUAUCAGCACCCAUGUGUAAAUAAAACCUACCUACGUAUUCCGAAAGACCAGCGGCCCUAAGAUAUAACUACGACAAUUUAAACCAUGGUUUCCUCCUGUUAUUCUAUCGUGUGCUAUGAGUAUUCUAACAUAAGGAAGCUGGGAAUUAGAAUCAAAUUCAUAGAAUGCGCAUUACUACCCGUCAAACGUAAUUAUGCUACGAGUCACGAACCCAUGAAUUCUGCUAGACACGCAAUUGUGGGGAUUAGGUUAGCGAUGUCGAAACGAGUAAUAUUUCUUUCCGAGUUAGGAAACGCUUUCUUAUCUC